AUGCCAUCAACAAUAGCAAUCGCCAAAAACUACUUGUGUUUCAAACUCCCUUUCUCGGAGUACUCGUUCUCAAUCCCUUCGGUGCCUUUUCCAUGGCAUACACAUACACAGACACAUACCACUGCUACUAUCACAGACACAACCGGCAUAUCAGAAGAGAGUCCUCUCCUUCCUCACCACCACCAACAACAAAAUACGCCUCAAUCCCUCAAAGACAAAUACGGCACCUGCACCACCAUCCUCCACUACGGCACAUCCAGCUCCGUUCGUCUCUACACCAACACCACCACCACCAAGAAAAACAAAAAACUGCACGUCCUCAAAACCCUCCGUCCAACCCCUUCCUCGACAAAACAAACCCUAAAAUCCACCCUCGAGUCCCUCCUCUCGUCAACACUCUACCAUCCACAUCUCCUCCAGACCAUUGAUAUCAUCCCCAACUCUCGUGGAGAAACAUGUCUGGUAAGUGAGUAUUGUGAACUAGGUGAUUUAGGGACGUAUAUCUCCUCCUCCUCUACUUCCCAUGUGGAUGGAGUAAUGGGUGUGAGAGAAGCAGAUAGGAUUCUGUAUCAGAUAAUGAGCGCAGUGGAAUUUCUUCACGAGAUGGGGGUGGUUCAUGGGUGUAUUUGCGUGGAGAAUAUUUUGGUUUCUUCUAAAGAUGGGAAUGGGAAUGGGGUUUGUGUCAAGUUGGGGGAUUUAGGAGAUGCGAGGGUGCUGGACUCUCAACUCUCUCACGAUCAUAUUGGGGUGAAAGAUGGUGAUGGUAAUGGGUACUACGCAGCAUGGAAAGAGGAUGUAUAUCCCCUAGUUAGGGGGUUAUCGAUGGGGAUAGGGAAGUUUGAGGAGUUGGAGUUGGAGGGAAGAUGUGAUAGGAGAAAGAGGAGGAAUAAUCCUUAUGCUGCGCCGGAGGUACUUCAUUCUCCUUCUCCAUCUCCUUACUCUUCGGCUUAUCGUCGACGUGGGUAUGGAAGUCCUUCCCUAGGGGGAGUAGGGAAUGAUCCCCGGGCUGUGGAUGUCUGGGCUGUCGGGAUUAUAUACCUUGUCCUUAGACUGGGGAGGAUUCUCUGGCGGAGUGCGAGUGAGGAGGAGGAUGGGCGGUAUGCGGAGUAUCUUGCUGGGAGGAAGAGGAGGGAGGGGUAUAGGGUUAUUGAGGGGUUAGGAGGGGCACAAUGCAGGAACGUGGUAUACGCGAUGCUAAACCCCGAUGCCAAACGACGGAUCAAAGCAUCUGAAGUGAUGAGAUCAGAAUGGAUGUAUAACCUCGAUGUGUAUCAAUAA